AUGGCGAGACCCCAAGAUACGGCUUUGGCCCGAUUCUAUGGCCUCCCUAAGGUGCACAAAGACGGCGCUCCCCUCCGACCCAUCGUGUCGCUCAAAGGGACUCCAAAGUACGGACUAGCUAAGUGGCUGUUCCGAGGUCUCCAGUUCCUGACCGCUGAGUCAGACACCACGGUCUCUCCGUCAGCACAAUUCCUGGAGAAACUCAAAGGGGUAAGCAUCCAUCCAAAUGAGGUCAUGGUAUCUUUUGAUGUUACAUCCUUUUUUACUUCUAUUCCCCAGGACCUGGCUAUAGAGGCAAUUAAGCUGCUACUACAAAGCAAAUACGAUGAAACGGAGAACCGUCUUGGACACGCCCAAAUCCUUCAGAUCCUGAAGCUCUGUCUCAGGACGUACUUCACGUUCGACGGGACAAUCUACGAACAGGUGAAGGACACACCAAUGGGUACGCCAAUUUCGGGAUUCAUCGCCGAGUCGGUCCUGCAACGGUUAGAGUCGCUGGUCUUUCAACAUCACAGACCGAAAUUCUGGGCCCGGUAUGUGGAUGAUACCUUAGUCGUCAUCGAACGGGAUCAGAUGGUGACAUUCCAAGAAUAUCUCAACGCCGUCUUCCCGGAUAUUCAAUUUACUAUGGAGGAGGAAAAGAACAACAAGCCGGCCUUCCAGGAUGCCCUCGUAUGCCGCAAAUAUUGUGGUGAACUAAAGACCCAUGUGUUCAGGAAAGCGACAAAUACGAUGGAAGUACUGAACUUCAACAGUAACCACCCAAUCAGCCACAAACGCAGUUGUGUAAGGACGCUCUAUCGGCGUGACGAAACGCACUGCAGUGAACCGGAAGACAUAAUUGCCGAAAUACAAUACCCCCGAAGGGUCUUCGCAGCCAAUGGUUACCCGCGCAAAUUCGUCGACCAGUGCAUACGCAAAAGGGACGAACGGCCUAACCGCACGGACACCAAAUAUUGGCGGGCACUUCCGUAUGUCAAGAACGUUUCGGAAGCUGUCGGUCGCCUUCUCGCACCACUUGGGGUUUGGAAUGGCACACAGACCCGAGGCAACCAUCAGACGUCUGGUCAUGAAUCCGAAAGAUCCACUGCCACGGCUAGAAACAUCUGGAGAUGUUUUUGGAUCUGCUGCAGUUGCGGACAAAGCAACUACAUCGGGGAAACCGGAAGACAGCUGCGAACGAGAAUGGCCGAACACGCGGCAGCGGUGCGGAGAAAUGACGCAAGCCCUCAAGUUGCGGCUCAUUCGACGAGAUCCAGCGACAUAUUCAAAUUCGAUGAGGCCGAAAUUCUCGCAAGAGGUGACAACCGAGUGAGCCGGGAGCUACUGGAAUCAUGGUUUACUGGCCACCAGUCUAUCAAUAAGCGCAACGAUCUGCCGACUCCAUACUCCGUGCUGAAACUUCGCCUAGGCUGA